AUGCCAAAACAACUCCUCGUCCAGUUUACCCCAAUACGCUCAUGCCUCGUCAAUUUGCCUCCUCAAUGGGUCAAUGCUCUGCUGGAUCAGCGUAAGUUGCCACAAAACGUCAUUCUCGACCUCAGUUGGACCACCAAGGAUGGCACCUCGAAAAAGACCUUUGCUGGAUGGUCGGGUGAAGCUUCCAAGCCCUUGUCACCAAAUGCUGUCUUUACACACGGCCAAAACAGUAAGAUGGAUAUCCUUGAAAUGGAUCCACAGCUUGGUCAGGCUAUUGGUUUGAUGGAAGGACAAAAGAUCAAUGUGGAAUUUUGCCGCAAUAUUUCGGAUUGUGCAUCAGUCAACGUCGAACCCUAUACAGAAGAUGAUUGGGAGAUCUUGGAACUUCAUGCGGGAUACGUGGAGGAAAAUCUCUUGAGUCAAAUCAGAGCCGUCUACACAAACCAGCUCAUGUGUGUAUGGAUUCAUGGUCGUACCCUUGUUCGCUUACGAGUGGCUGAAUUGGAUCCAAAGGGUGAUGUGGUCAAGCUGACAACCAACUCUGAAGUGAUCGUUGCUCCCAAAGUACGCAAGCAGCCCAAACAACUCGCUGAAGAGGCAGCCGAUCUGCAACAACAACAAAAAUCAGCACCUCAUGUUUGUUUACGGAACCUUCCUCAUUUCGACAAUGCCGCCGUCGAGCAAGUCCUUGUGCACCCCGACUCUUUUGAGGAUCUUGAGCGUCAAGAACUCGUUCGUGUAUCCAAGCUUACUCCCUCAUUUGUACGACACAAAGGACCACCACAACCAGCAGCUGAUGAUGUAAACGCUGGAGAUGCUGCUGGUACAGCUACCAAUGUUUCACCUGCAAAAGCCAUCUAUGCAUCAUUGGCCUUUUCUCGCAACGUACCUCGUGGUCAUGUUCAUCUUGGUCAAUCUAUUCGCAAUACUUUGCAGCUUAAGGAUUUUGAUCUUGUCAAAUUGGCAACGGUGGCUAUCAAGAGCAGCCCACUUGGAUCCAUUACAUUGCGACGCUAUGUGACUCAACAAGCUGCCAACCGAGCAUCCAUUAGAUUAGGAUUGGAUUCAAAUGCUCAAGCUCAAGCUCAAGAAAAAGCUGAACGUGAAGCCACCUACAUUCAAUCAUUCAAAGAUUGGCUCUCUUUUAUGACCCCUGAAAAAAUCCCUAUGACGCAUGGCAGCAUAUUUUCUAUUCCAUCGGAUAGCGGCGAGGAAGAUACCCAGUUUGUGGUACAACUUGGACAAAAGAAGGGCUUAUUCUCCAGCUUCAACAAUGCUACAGCAGCACAACAAGAUCCCAGCCUUGAGCAGUUCACAGUGAUCGCCAAAUCACAAAUCAAGGGUUUGCAGUUGGAGAUAGGAGAGGAGGUACUUAAGCAACAAGUCAAUGAGGAACCUACCAAGGGAAGAAACACAAAAGUGGAACCGGUGCCUGAACUUGGUGGUAUCAAGGACAUUUAUGAAAAGAUCCGGCAGUAUACCCUGGCACAUUUAGCUGAUAAGGACUUAAAGGCAGCAUUGGGUGUCCCUGGUUGUGGUGGUAUUUUAUUGACGGGUUCCCAUGGCUCUGGCAAAACAAGCGUUGUCCGAAAACUGAUUCAGGAUUUGCACCACGACAGCAAAGCAUUGAUAUAUACCAGCGAGAUCAACUGCUCCGACGUUGCUGAUGAGCGUAUACCAACCAUGAAGGAUCUUAUUCAACAAUGGUUUGACGAGGCUGCAUGGCAUGCUCCUUCUAUUUUAUUCUUUGACGACAUUGAUAGACUGAUACCUGCUGAAGUGGAGCAUGCAGAUUCAACCCGAUCCAAGCACCUUGCUGCUCUCUUUUUACGUACAGCUCUCAAAAUGACCAGUCGCCAUCCCAUCUUGAUGAUCGCUACGUCGCAACAACAGCAAUCCAUUCAUCCCUCGCUUGUUGGCAAUCAUAUAUUUACCGACAUUCGACAUUUGAAUCCUCCAUCACGUGAUGAACGUAAACAGAUUAUGGAAACGAUCAUGGCCCAUGGACCUGAGAUUCUUCAAUCAAGUUUACCUCAUAUUGAUCUUGUUUCGGUGGCGUCGGAAACAGAAGGCUAUUUGGCAGCUGAUUUGAAGCAAUUGAUUGAACGUACAGUGCACGAGGGAGCUGUUCGCAGCAUCAAGGAGAAAAUUGCUCAACAAGACAACCAGUCGUCAUCUGUGCAACUGAUCCAAGCCGAUUUCAGCAAGGCGCGUGAAGAUUUUGUACCAUCGUCCUUACGUGGUGUCAAGUUGCAAAGUUCAGGCGUCAUGUGGUCUGAUAUUGGUGGUUUGCACGAGACACGUAAAACGUUGUUGGAAACUCUGGAAUGGCCUACGAAAUAUGCAUCCAUCUUUUCACAAUGUCCUUUACGUUUACGUUCAGGCUUGUUGCUUUAUGGCUAUCCUGGAUGUGGCAAGACAUUGUUAGCAUCAGCUGUUGCCAAGGAAUGUGGUCUCAACUUUAUCAGCGUCAAGGGUCCCGAAAUCCUCAACAAGUAUAUUGGUGCAAGUGAAAAGUCUGUACGUGAUUUGUUUGAGCGAGCACAAGCAGCCAAACCUUGUAUCUUGUUCUUUGAUGAGUUUGAUUCCAUCGCCCCUCGAAGAGGACAUGACAGCACCGGUGUUACAGAUCGUGUUGUGAACCAAAUGCUUACACAAAUGGAUGGUGCCGAAGGCUUGGAUGGUGUCUAUGUAUUAGCAGCCACCAGUCGACCUGAUUUGAUUGAUCCUGCAUUGCUUCGUCCCGGUCGUCUUGAUAAGUCACUGUUGUGUGGCAUGCCAAACUUGGAAGAAAGAUUAGAUAUCCUUCAAGCGUUAUCACGCAAGAUGACCCUUGCCCCCGAAGUCGACCUUAUGGAAUUUGCCGAAAAGACUGAAGGUUAUUCAGGUGCCGAUCUUCAAGGUUUCUUGUACAAUGCACAUCUUGAAGCCAUUCAUGGUGCAGUGAACUUGGAAGGAUUCAAGGAGCAGCAAAAGAAAGAAAAGGAACAGAAGCCUGUGGAAGAAAAGAGUGAUUUUGUGAUUGUGCAAUCGAAAUCUUCAUCGGAUAAGGCCGUAGCACCUCCAUUGACACUUGCUGAACGAAGUCAAAUUUCUCAACGCUUGGCUAUGAUCAAGAAGGGAGUCCUCGGAUCAUCACGGCAAAAGUCCGACAAGAAAUCGUCGUCAGCAGCAGCAGUUGCUACAGAGGCUGCAGCAAUCACGAAGGCUCAUUUGGAGAAAUCACUCAAGAGCACCCGGCCCUCGAUUACUGAAGAAGAGUAUAUGCGAUUGGCCAUGGUAUACAAUGAAUUUGUGACUGGAAGGACAGGAGAGCUGCCAUCGGGUGAAGGUGCCAAAGGGAUCGGCAAAAGGUCCACCCUGGGAUAA